GUAAGUUUUAUCCUUCCCACUUUCUUAAGCUACGUUCUCUCUCUUUUAAGUAGGUUUUUGCAUCAUGAAAAGGAAAAGUGAUAUUCCAUCUUCAUCAAAGCGUCUGGAGAAGAGUAUUGCUCAGAAAAGCUGGAGAAAUCGCAUUACUGAACUUUGUUCUGACCUCACUUCUAUUAUUCCUCCUCAACAUUUCCAAUCCAAGAAUAUGGUAUCUCAAGCUGAUCAGAUAGAACAAGCAACAAAUUACAUAGUGGAGCUGAGGGAGAGAGUCGACAACUUAAACAAGAGUAAAGAGCAACUGAAGCUAUUGGUUAACCAAGAAGGACCAUCUAUUAACCAGCAAAACGCAAUUUUAAACGAUGUAACAGUGGCGAAUCCAAGAUUUCCAAUCGUCGAAGUGAAAGAUCUGGGUAGUAGUUUAGCAGUGCAACUGGUAAUUGAACAAGGGUAUGACAUCAAGUUACAUGAAAUCAUUAGGGUUCUCGAGGAUGAAGGUGCUGAAGUUGUGAAUGCUACCUACUCAACUUCUGGGAACAACAUCAUCCACACUCUUCAUGCCAAGGCUCGGAGUUCAAGAGUUGGGGUGGAGGCUUCGAGAGUGUAUGAGAGACUGCAUGACUUGGUAUGAUCGAUAAUGUUGGGUUUUGAGGCCAAGUACAAACUGCAUACAAUGUUGGAUGUUAUGCUUCAAAGUUAGUUAAUUAGUGCAUCUUAUCUUUAGGAGAUUGAUGUAAGUUAAUUGUUUUUAGUCAAAUAACAUGUGUUUAUUUGAUUUAGUGGAUUAAUUAAUGAGAUGUUUGCUCCUAGUCUCUAGGCUAGGAGUUGCUUCGUUUCUGAUUAUUAGUUAAGUUGUAGCCUAUAUAUAGGCAAUUAAGUUGUAGCCUAUAUAUAGCAAUUAAGCUAAGUUGUUAUUGUCAAUUGAAUAAGAAGUACGAUAGUCUUC